AAGCAACAACAGAAGCUAAUGGUACACUAGUCCCAACAUCGCAAGAAACAACGGCAGAUCCAGGUGGUUCAUCGGCAACACCUCAAGAAACAACGGCAGAUCCAGGUGGUUCAUCGGCAACACCUCAAGAAACAACGGCAGAUCCAGGUGGUUCAUCGGCAACACCUCAAGAAACAACGGCAGAUCCAGGUGGUUCAUCGGCAACACCUCAAGAAACAACGGCAGGUCCAGGUGGUUCAUCGGCAACACCUCAAGAAACAACGGCAGGUCCAGGUGGUUCAUCGGCAACACCUCAAGAAACAACGGCAGGUCCAGGUGGUUCAUCGGCAACACCUCAAGAAACAACGGCAGAUCCAGGUGGUUCAUCGGCAACACCUCAAGAAACAACGGCAGAUCCAGGUGGUUCAUCGGCAACACCUCAAGAAACAACGGCAGGUCCAGGUGGUUCAUCGGCAACACCUCAAGUAACACCAGAUCGUCCAUCCACAAAACCACCAUUAACACCAGCUCCAACAAAACCACUUCCAGGCCCAUGUGAGUCAAACCCAUGCGGCGGUGGUAGCACCUGUGUACCUCGUUUCAAUCAAAUGUUUGAAUGCCUGUGUUUGCCUGGUAGGGUCUACAAUAAAGACAGCAGCACUUGUGAGAGUGCCAAGGUUUUCCCUGGACAACUGACCCUGACAAACGAGUACAAUUCAAACCAUGCAGACCCCACAUCAGAAGACUUUCUGAAUGUGUCUAAAGGCGUUGUUACAGAGCUGGACGAUGUUUUUAAGUCAACUACUGGCUACUCUAAAUCUAUAGUGCUGAAACUGAAGUCCACUAAUAGUGUCAGAGUGUGGUUCAGGGCGACGCCAGGUAUCUUGGCUGAAGUAGAGAACAUCUUUGAGCCAGCAGCUGCCAUUGAUACUAAUAUAGUUACAGAUACAUUGACAGCGGCGAUUAAAGACUCAUCUAAAGACUCUAUCCUGAAUGGGGCAACUUUUAAAGAGGAUGACCUGUGUACUUCAAAACCUUGUGAUGUGAAAACCACAAAUUGCACUGGCAAGGAUGGAUCUUUUGGCUGUUCAUGUAAGGACGGCUACAUUAAGACGAUCUACAGCGACAGAGUAUGCGUUGCUUGUCCCAGUGGGCAAAAAGCUGGGCCCAGUGGUUGUGUCGCUUGUACAUUUGGUUAUUCUGGCUUAAACUGCAAUGCAUCAUGGCAACUUGCGCUGGUAGUCGUGUCUGUUGUUGUAGGACUGCUGCUCAUCUCAGCCAUUGUUAUGGUUGGAUUGGCACGCAGGUACGUUUUCCAUCUACUCAUUAAACAAUUUGUCAUUACUUUUUCAUCUCUGUCAUGUUUUUGUCAUAUUCUCUCUUCUUCAUGCAAGUCAUUAACCUUUUAACAC